AUGGAAAACCAAGAAAAGAGUAAAACAGUACAACAAACAGUUUCAGAACUCAUCCAAACAGGAGAAUUUAAGAAAGUUAUAGAAAGGAUAAUAGAAGAACAUGAUCUGAAAAUCUGUGACUUAGAGACAAACUUAGAAAUAAUAUUAACAAAAAGUAAAAUAAAAGAAGGUGCUAUUAAGUUCAUUAAAGAAAACAUCAAUAAAAUUGAUGAAGAAAUUAGAAAGAUAAAAGAAGAAAAUGAAAAAACAAGCAAAGAACUUAAAGGGCAUGAAAUUCAAAUAGAUGAAAAUACAUUAAAUAUAGAAGUACAAAAUUAUUUAAUCAAUAAAAUUAUGAAAGAAAUAAAGGGCGAAAGAAUUAGUGAAGAAAAAAUAAAAGAACUAGUAGAAGAAGAGUGCAAAAAGAGGUAUCUUCAGAAAAGAAAAGAGAAAAAUGAAAGGAGAGAAGGGUUGGCCAAUACCUUAAUAAAAGAAGUUGAUAAAAAAAUUAUAUUACCACAGGAAUUGUCCCUUACUAAAAGUCAUAUAGAACAAAUAGAAAAAUGGACAGAAAGAAGAAUAGGAAAUAUUCUAUUUGAUUCAGAUGUUGAUGAUUGGAAUCAGAAUACAUCAGUGUUUUGUGAAAGAAUAAUGUAUAAAAAACAUAUAAUAAUUAUUAUUGAAGAUACAAAUGGAAAUAAAUUUGGAGGAUAUAUUAAUGAGAAAAUUAAUGAAGAUAAUAAAUGGAUAAAUGAUACAAAAUCAUUUUUAUUUUCAUUAGAAUCAAAAGGAAGAAUAAAAGAAAUGAUGAAAUUUGAUAUUAAACAACCAGAAAAUGCAUUUAUAAUGUGGGAUAAAAAUAACAAUUAUUUAUUUGGUUUUGGAGUUAGUGAUAUUCGUAUUGGUAAAAUACAAAAUAAAACAAUAUCGUUUUGUUGUCAAAGUUCCUUUGAAUAUAAAGGAAUAAUAAAUGCACUUUGUGGAAAACAAUGGAAAAGCUUUUUUACAACAAAACGAAUUAUUGUAAUGAAAUGA